AGUACUCGUAACCAAUGUAUACAAACAAAUCGGAAAGGAACCUGAAAGUCACGUAAUUUUUUUUCUUAGGGAAAAAAAAAAUUUCUUUCAGUAAAUAUUUAACAUUUUCUUUCUUAAGUAAACGUUAAUUACUCUAUAGAUAUGUCGAAAGGUUCCAGGCAAGUUAAAGGGUUUAGAAAAAUUGUUCAGAAAGUCAUUCAUCCUCCUUAUAUAAGAACUAAUAUUCCAGCCGGCAAAGCAAUGGCAGGGCCACCUUUGGGACCUCAUCUUGGUCAAAGAAAUAUCAAUGUUGCUAUGUUUUGCAAAGAAUUCAAUGAAAAAACAAAGGACAUUAAAGAAGGCAUACCAUUACCUUGUAUGAUAAGGAUUAAGCCGGACCGAACAUUUGAGCUUUCUUUUAGUAACCCACCAAUAAGCUAUUUUGUAAAACAAGCGGCAGGUAUUGAAAAAGGAUCCAUGUCACCAGGUCCUAAGGACUGGGCUGGAAAAAUUUCUCUUAAACAUGUUUAUGAAAUAGCAAAAAUUAAAAGUCAAGAUCCUAUUUUUGAAUGUGUUCCAAUGAAAGAAAUAUGCCAGAAAAUCAUAGAUGAAGCACGGACUGUUGGUGUUGAAACUGUACGUAAUCUAACAGAAGAAGAAUAUGCGACAUUUAGAGAAGAAAGAAAAGUUAUUGUCGAUCAACAGACUACAGAAUUGGAGGAAAAACGAAAGGCAAAGAUUAUUAAGCAAGCCAAAGCCCAAUUGUAGAAUCAAAAAUUUAGAAUUUUUUAGUUGUAUAAUAAAGUUUAACUUUGUUUGUUUUAUUAA